AUGGCUCUGCCAACGGACUGUGAAGAGGACCUGCUUCUCGUGUGUGCGCAAGGCCGUAUAGAUACAGAGAAUGACUCCCUCUCUACUGCUCCCAUGCUCCCCCCUCCUCCCCCUCCUGGAUCUGCUUCACGUGUGAUCUACUUCUCGUGUGUGUGCAAGGCCGUCACGGGAUGCACGGCGCGGAAGGUGGAGGACCGCAUGCCCGGCCCGCCUCGCGGCAAGCACACCGCGCCACCCACCGCCGCCACUGCUGUGGUAAAUGCCGCUGAUGUUGCUGGUUAUGUACCGGCCUUUGCUUUGGACGAUGAAGAAUGCUCCACUCGCCCCAAGCGUGUGGAGAUGUGCAAGAAGGAAGCUUUUCAUUCAUCUGCCCGCGUGGGGAUGGAAGAUCUCCCUUCAUCUGCCCGCACGGAGAUGCGUACAGUAGUGCGGCUGACGACCUCGGGGUUCCACAACCACCCUUCCUCUCUGUGUCUCAAGCGCCGCCGCCGCAGAGACUCCACGGAAGGAAGCACCGCAGCUGCUGCUUCAAAAGAGGAGAAGAGCAACAAUGAACCCCUCUCUGGCCUCUGGAAGCCUCACGCCGACCCAGCGAGUCAUGCGCCGACUUCGAAACGCCACCUAGAAAAUCCUUCCAAGGCAUCGCGGACUGGACAGUUCAAGCCAAUCCCUCCAUGGAUUUCCGACGUGCCAUCCCACAGGUCCGGAAAAACUAUGGGCGCUUCUAAUGAAGCAGCCACUGGCCUUAUCCCGUCCUAUGGCAUCGGCUCUCUUGUUCAAGUUGAACCCAAGGAGGCUCUCACUUCCCCUGCGCCUGCAGUCCUCUCGCAGAGGAGUUGUGUCUCAACGCCGCGGCAGAGGGCGUUCAGAAGCGUGUGUGAGCAGAUCAUGGCGCUUAGCAAAGAGCCAGCUGAGAUGAGAUACGAGCCUCCAAAGCGGCAGCGGGCAACCCGUGUGGAAUCUGAGCCGGAUGGUCAAGGGGAGAGCCCCCGCACCAGCUGCUGCCACGUGGGGCCCUUACCUGCUGUUGGCCGUGCUGCAUCUGCUCCUCAGUCCCUAACAGCAACCCGCGCCACUCAAGGAGUCCAACAGAGCAACCCCGGACCGCCACAGUGCUUUCCGAACCAGUUCCUGAGCCCGGCAGGUCCGGCGGGCCCAACUGGCCGGCUAGGGCCGCCAGAGAAAGGGGCCCCGCAGCAUGACGGCGUGGACGACUGGAGCAGUGCCUGCGUGCAUACGUCGCGAGGUGUUGGCGUCUGCAUGAGCAGCAGCAGCAGCUUCGGUGGGGUUCCAGGCAUGGGGGGCCAGGCUCUCGCUGCAGUUGCCGGUGCUGCUGGUGGUGAUGGUGGUGCUGGUGGUGCUGGUGAUACUGCAGCUUCAGUACCUGCAGCCGCGGUCAAUGCUUCAGCCUCGGUGGUGACAGCAAUCGUAGAUUCCCACAGUCCUGCUCCUGCUUCUGCUGCUGCUGCUGCUGCUGCUGCUGCUGCUGCUGCUGCUGCUGCUGCUGCUGCUGCUGCUGCGGCUGCGGCUGCUAUGCCCAACUCAGCAGAGGUGCUGCAUGCGCUAGAUUAUGCAACGUGUACUCACAGCACUGGCUAA